AAUUUGAAUCACGUGACAUUUUGCUGCUGCUGCCGGCUGCGUGCUGCGUAUGAAAAGGCACCUUAAUUUGUAUGCGUGUAGACGCGCGUCACGUAUGUAGGAUUCAAACUCCAUCGUGGUACGAUGAGCGUUACUGGCGUGCGAGUGAGGAUAUACGACGAGGAAAAAUGUAUCCACGAGCGCGAGACUGUUCGGUCUGACGGGAACAAUCUGAAAACGCUGAUGCGGAAUCUGCGAGACGUGCAGUCGGAAGUCAAUGAUUUUUUAACCACGCUAAUUCAACGGCGAGACAUGUCCGCCCGGUCCGCCGAUGAAAUGGCGAGUCAAUCAGUCCCCUCAGACAUAGAGUUGGACUCGGUUGAGGAGGAAGAGGAAGAAGAGGAGGAGGAGGAGGAGGAGGAGGAAGGCGAGACGCGGGCUAACCCCAAAAAAUGCAAGUUGUCGGUUUGAAUCGUGUAUUCCGUUAAUAAAUGUAACUACAUCGUUGAUGCUCUGAUGAAGCGUA